AUGAUGUUGCUGCUCGGAACUGCCCUCGCUGUCCUGCUGGGGAGCUCCCCGGUCACUGCGGGGUCCCUUCGCGAUAUCGAACAUGUCGUGAUCUUCAUGCAGGAGAAUCGCGCAUGGGAUACCUACUUCGGCACUAUGGCCGGUGUCCGUGGGUUUGAUGACCCCAAUGUCCAGGUCAACUCCGACGGGCAGUCGGUUUGGAACCAGGUCGUUGAGCCAAGCAUGUCAACUGCCACCAAGUCCCUUCUCCCCUGGUACCUGGGAUACCAGGGAGGUGACUCAAAUGAGGCGAUCCAAUGUAUGGCUGCCGGCGACAACGGCUACCACGACAACCAGGCUGCCCUCAACCACGGUCUGAACAACCACUGGGCACGCAACAACACUCCGUGGAGCUGGGGUUAUUUCAAGCGCGAGGAUAUCCCCGUCCAGUUCGCCAUUGCUGAGGGAUGGACCUCUGGUGACAUGUAUCAGGAGUCCCAAAUCACUUCGACCAAUCCUAACCGUGUGACCCUGGUCAGUGGUUCCGUCAACGUGCCUGGCAGCCCUCAAAACCCCAGCCAGGGUGGUGUUUACAUUGACAACAACGAGAUGCCCGGCUGCGACGGCAACGGAAUCAACUGCUACCCGCUGAAGUGGAAGACCGUCUACGAGUUCUAUGAGGAAGCGGGUGUCUCGUGGCAGCUCUACCAGGAUACCAACAACUUCGACGACAACCCCUUGGCCUGGUUCGAUCAGUUCCAGAAGGCAAGCCAGAACUCUCCCCUCGCCAAGAAGGGUAUGUCCUUCGUGGGUCUUGAUGCCUUCUACGCCGCCGCUGCCAAUGGCUCUCUCCCCGAAGUCAGCUUCAUUGUUGGGCCUACCGAGCUGUCCGAGCACCCGCCCUACCAGCCCAAGGACGGUGGCUGGUUGCAGAAGCAGGUCGUUGAUGCUGUUACCAAGAGCCCCAAGUACUCCUCUACCCUCCUGAUGAUCAGUUUCGAUGAAACUGGUGGUUUCGGUGAUCAUGUCGCUCCCUUCCACUCGCCCCAGGGUACCCCUGGAGAAUGGAUGAAGGACCCCACGGGCGUGUUCGGUGACGUCUUUGUGGGACCUGGUUUCCGGGUUCCUUUCUACAUGAUCUCGCCCUGGACUCGCGGCAACCGCGUCUUCACGGAGCGGGCCGAUCACAACUCCCAGAUCUUGUUCGUGGAGCAGUGGCUCACGGCUCGUGGGUACAAGGGCAUCCAGACUGACCAGAUGGUCCCGUGGCGACGUGCCCACAUGUCCAACCUGGUCAAUGCCCUGGAUCUGGACAACCCCGACCUGUCCAUUCCUUACCUGCCCGAGGCCGACACUCCCAUCACCAAUAGCAAGGGUGACUACGUCGGCUCAGCCCAAUGCCAGUCCAAGUUCCGCGAACCGCGUCCCCCUGUUCCCUACGGCCAACAGCAGGCAAACUCCACAAACGCCCUCUGGUUCGAGGACGGCUUCAAGGAGGUCGUUGGCUACCUGACCGAGGGACGAUACCUCGUUCUCGAGAAGGGCGGCUCCGCGCUGACCAACUCCGGCAAGCGCGACCACUUGACCGUCACCCCGGCUACCCUGAAGCACGAGGCCAAGUCCCAGCGCUGGGUGAUCCACUACACCGCGGAUCAAGAGAGUGAGAUCUUCACCAUUUCUAGUGCCCUCGACGGCCGCUGGCUCGGUGCUCGCGGUGCCCUGCUGGACAGCGACCAGGCCCGGAACGCUGAGCCUGUCCGUAUCACCUUCCUUGGCAAUGGCCUGGGUUAUGCCGUCCAGUACGUCAAUGGUAACCAACACAUUGACGUGGAUCAAGCCGGUGCCCUCAAGAUCGCAACCCAGCACCAUGUGCCGGACGGGGGUUUCAAGGUCUUCAGCGUUACCUAUCACGACAAAUGA